CGACUACGAGUAAUGAAGCGUGAACUCUGUCCCGCUCAUGAUCGACUAGAUCGUAAGCCACGAAUGUUGAAAACGGUAACGCGAGUCCUGCACGUAAUAGGUGGUCUGUUCUAUAUCAUUUGUCCUCCAUGGCCACCGUGGAUUAUUCACAAAAUCGCAUUUCGAGCACCAUCAAAGGGAGAGUACUACUUUCUNACUGCCCGUGACGCUGAAGGAGUCAAGAACCUGCAAAUAUGCCUACCACAUCUUUUACGGAAGAAACUGAAAGCGAUUGAUAUCUACUAUCAUAUUCUUCGGUGCAAGGUAUUGUACGAGGAUUUACGGAUAUGUGCAAUGGAGAUAAUGUGCGAACAAACAGAAAAGUGGCUACGAAGAACAGAAAACCGAAGGACUCGAUCACCAAAGCUGAUCAUAUUUGCACAGCCUAACAGUUCGGAUAUUGGAUGUUGCAUGCUGAUGGACCCUAACUUUGCUGACAUAGCGGACUUUCUCCGAUGUGACUUGCUUGUGUUCGAUUAUGCUGGUUAUGGUAUCAGUGAUGGAGAAGCUACGGAACAAACAGUAUAUGACAGUGUCGACAGAGUGUACAAGUACGCCACCGAAGAUUUAGGCUACGUUCCCAAAGACAUUAUACUGAUAGGAUUUAGUUUGGGAACAGCUGCUAUGGUGCAUAUUUUCGUGGAGUUUUUUCACAAAGAUUUAUUUGAACCAAAAAACAAUUAUAAUAAUAAAUUAACCGAUGAUGUAUCCUCCGUUACUGUUCACGACCUCCUUCCAUCUCUCGACCAAUUUGUUGAUGGCGACUCGCCGAAAAUCGGCAGUUGUGGUGUCGAAGAAUUUGUUGAGCCAGUUUUUAAGGUCCCCUUCGCCAUCGAAGGUAACACACCCAUUGGGUUUAACAUAGAGCGGAAAAGGUGA